ACUCACUGGGAUCCUCUUGCUUCUGCCUCACCAGUGGUAGGACUACAGGUCUGUGCCACCAGGCCAGGCCUCUCAUUCUUUUAACAACCCCACAGGCAGGGAUUUGCAUCUCCACCUUCCAGGUGAGGAAACAGAAAUCAGAGAACUUGCUCAGGGUCACAGAACUGCUAAGGGACGGAGCUAGGAUUUGAACCUAGAUCACUGAGUCCCCAAAACUGAAUUACAGAAGGACAAAGAAGCAGAGACAGACCAGGGACCUCAGGAGGAAGGUAACAGCAGAUACUCUCAGGGGGCGGGGCUGUGGCUUCUCUGAUCUCAGGCCCUUCUCCGCAGCCCAGGCCCCACCCCUACCCCUCCCAGCACUGCCUGGAACUGUGGGGUAAGAACUUCUCUCAGGAGACCCCUUUUUCUUGGGGAAAGGAUUCCACCCCCACAGGUCCUACCCAGCAAAAGACUUUCUCCUUCCUCAUCCACGGACCUUCUGGGGCCGGGAGUGCCUCCACCAGCAUCUCCACCUGUCUACCUCCAGGGCCCUUGGCCCCACAGCAAUCAAGCUAAAAUGACCAUCAAAUUGGAUUUUGAAGAGUGUCUCAAGGACUCACCCCGCUUCCGCCUCCCUCCAGGGAAUCGGCAGCCAAAGGACAAGAUGGAGCUGGUGGGGCAAAAAUGAGCCUCUGUUGAGUUGGUGGAAGCUGAAGUGUCAGAAUUGGAGACUCGUCUGGAAAAGCUCCUCAAGCUGGGAACUGGCCUUCUGGAAAGUGGACGCCAUUACCUUACUGCCAGCCGCGCAUUCGUUGCUGGCAUUUACGAUCUGGCUCGCCUGGGUCCACCAGAGCCCAUGAUGGCGGAAUGUCUGGACAAAUUUACUGUAAGCUUGAACCACAAGUUGGACAGCCACUUGGAGCUUCUUGAUGCCACACAGCACACACUGCAGCAGCAAAUCCAGACGCUGGUCAAGGAAGGUCUCCGAGGUUUCCGAGAAGCUCGUCGGGAUUUCUGGCGUGGGGCUGAGAACCUGGAGGCUGCCCUUAUCCACAAUGCAGAAGUCCCUAGGCGUCGCACCCAAGAGGCAGAGGAGGCUGGAGCUGCUCUGAGGACUGCUCGAGCUGGGUACCGAGGACGGGCAUUGGAUUAUGCCCUGCAGAUCAAUGUGAUAGAGGACAAGAGGAAGUUUGACAUCAUGGAAUUUGUGCUGCGUUUGGUGGAGGCCCAGGCUGUCUAUUUCCAGCAGGGCCAUGAGGAGCUGAGCCGCCUGGCCCAGUAUCGUAAAGAGCUCGGUGCCCAGUUGCACCAGCUGGUCUUGAAUUCAGCACGAGAGAAGAGGGACAUGGAGCAGAGACAUGUGCUGCUGAAACAGAAGGAGCUAGGUGGAGAAGAGCCAGAGCCAAGCCUAAAGGAAGGACCAAAUGGCCUAGUCAUGGAAGGACAUCUUUUUAAACGAGCCAGCAACGCAUUUAAGACUUGGAGCAGACGCUGGUUCACCAUUCAAAGCAACCAACUGGUUUACCAGAAGAAGUACAAGGACUCUGUGACUGUGGUGGUGGAUGACCUUCGCCUCUGCACAGUGAAGCUCUGUCCUGACUCAGAAAGGCGGUUCUGCUUUGAGGUGGUAUCCACCAGCAAGUCCUGUCUCCUCCAGGCUGACUCUGAGCGCCUCCUGCAGCUGUGGAUCAGUGCUGUGCAGAGCAGCAUUGCCUCAGCCUUCAGCCAGGCUCCCCUUGAUGAGAGUCCCAGGGGUCCAGGCCAGGGCUCAGGACAGCUGACCCUUGGUUCUGCUGCUACCCUGGGCUGUGGUGGGACAGCCAGGGGAAGAGAGCCUGGGGGAGUUGGGCAUGUGGCAGCGCAGGUACAGAGUGUGGAUGGCAAUGCCCAGUGCUGUGACUGCCGGGAGCCAGCCCCAGAGUGGGCCAGCAUCAACCUUGGUGUCACACUCUGCAUCGAGUGCUCCGGCAUUCACAGGAGCCUGGGUGUUCAUUUCUCCAAAGUCCGGUCCCUGACCCUUGACUCUUGGGAGCCAGAACUAGUGAAGCUUAUGUGUGAACUGGGAAACGUCAUCAUCAACCAGAUCUAUGAGGCCCGUGUGGAGGCCUUGGCAGUGAAGAAGCCAGGACCCAGCUGUUCCCGGCAGGAAAAGGAGGCAUGGAUUCGUGCCAAAUAUGUGGAGAAGAAGUUUCUGACCAAGCUUCCUGAGAUUCGAGGGCGAAGAGGUGUCAGGGGGUCCCCAAGAGGACACCCCCCUGUACCCCCAAAACCUCCCAUCAAGCACUGGCCAGGAAGCAUCAGAUCCAAGCCAGAGCCCCCUUCUGAUGAUGUUGGAAGUCUGCACCCUGGGGCCCUACUGUUUCGAGCUGCUGGGCAUCCUCCAUCCCUUCCCACCAUGGCCGAUGCCCUUGCCCAUGGAGCUGAUGUCAACUGGGUCAAUGGGGGUCAGGACAAUGCCACACCGCUGAUCCAGGCCACAGCUGCUAAUUCUCUUCUGGCCUGUGAGUUUCUUCUCCAGAACGGGGCAAAUGUGAACCAAGCGGACAGUGCAGGCCGGGGUCCACUCCACCAUGCAACAAUUCUUGGCCACACUGGGCUUGCCUGCCUGUUCCUGAAAAGGGGGGCUGAUCUGGGAGCCCAAGACUCUGAAGGCAGAGACCCUCUGACAAUCGCCAUGGAAACAGCCAAUGCUGACAUCGUCACCUUACUUCGAUUGGCAAAGAUGAGAGAGGCCGAAGGCCAGGCAGGAGAUGAGACCUAUCUCGACAUCUUCCGCGACUUCUCCCUCAUGGCAUCCGACGACCCGGAGAAGCUGAGCCGGCGAAGUCACGACCUCCACACUCUUUGAUCCCAGGCCCUGGGGGCCCGCACCCCAGCUCCUCCUCUCCCCACAGGCGUCCCUUGUCCAUUAAAGCCUCAGUGCUUUGCUCUUC